UAUUUUGAAGGAAAAAGCCGGAUGUUACCCUCUUAGGGUUGUUGCUAAUGCUAAUCAUGAUGCUAAUGGACCCGGAACGGUAAAGCAGCACUCCGAAGAUGGCCGGUGUGUUUGAGGUGGAGGUUGAUGGUGUAGAGCACGACCAUGGACUGCCGCAUCACGAUGAACCGCACCAGUUUGACGUGUCCAAGCUUUCACCAGAAGAGAAGUGGAGGGUGGAGCAUGCAAGAAUGCAUGCCAAACACAAAGGCCAUGAGGCUAUGCACGCAGAGAUGGUGCUGAUCCUCAUAGUCACCCUUGUUGUCGCCCAGCUAGUCCUCGUGCAGUGGAAACAGAGACAUCCAAAGUCAUACAAUCUGGUGACUCUGUUCCAGAUGUGGGUAGUUCCUCUCUACUUUACUACCAAACUUCACUGGUGGAGGUUCCUGACCACGUGGUUUAUCUUCUCUGUCAUCACAGCGUACAUCUCCUACCGUGCCACUCGCAAGCCACUGGCCUGCACCACACCGAGGUUGGUGUAUAAGUGGUUCCUCCUCCUCUACAAGAUCAGCUAUGCCACAGGAAUCGUUGGCUACAGUGUUGUCAUGUUUACACUUUUUGGUAUAAACCUAAUAUUCAGGAUAAAGCCGGAGGAUGCAAUGGACUUUGGCGUUUCACUACUGUUCUACGGCCUGUACUACGGGGUUCUAGGAAGGGACUUUGCAGAGAUGUGUGCAGACUUCAUGGCUUCAACUGUUGGGUAUUACAGUGCAUCCGGCAUGCCAACCAAGCACCUCUCUGACAAUAUCUGUGCUGUGUGCGGUCAGCCCAUCCUUGUAGAUGUCAGUGAGGAGGGGAUUAUUGAGAACACGUACAGAUUAUCCUGCAACCAUGUGUUCCAUGAGUUCUGCAUAAGAGGAUGGUGCAUCGUCGGAAAGAAGCAGAUGUGCCCGUACUGCAAAGAGAAGGUGGAUCUGAAGAGGAUGUUCAGUAACCCCUGGGAGAGGCCACAUGUCAUGUAUGGACAACUUUUAGACUGGCUUCGGUACUUGGUGGCCUGGCAGCCUGUUAUUAUUGGAUUUGUUCAAGGCAUCAACUACAUCCUGGGUCUGGAGUGACCUGCAGCGGCUGUCAGAAAUGGACAUACACGCCAUACGGAGAUGAUAUGCACUGGCUCAAAAGACUGAGGGCCUAACAUUGAACUAAAACACCAAUAAAAAGUGUCUGUACUUUUUGUAUAUAUUUAUAGGCACAUAUUAUCUGAAUUUACAGUUUAUUUGAAUUUUAUUGGUAAUGAAUUUGGAUGUCAAUUUCCCAGGAUUUGCUUCACACAGCGUUACACCUUGAUAAUUGGUUUGUGCAUCUUAUGACCUAGUAAAGCGGUUCUAAACGUCAUUAGAGAGGUGCUUUUUACUAAUUUAUGUCUUAAGUGUUUGUUAAUUCUUAGUUAAAGGAUCGUGCUGGAGGUCAUCCUCAUGAUGAUGAUGGCUAUCACACAUGAGUAAUAAAGAUUGAAUAGGAAGCUCCCUGUACCUCCAAAGUACACAUACACAAUGUCCCCAAAUGGAGUCAUUUUCCCACUGCGUCAUUUAUGCACUCACUCAUAUAGCGGUUUGACCUUGAUUCUAUAUUUUGAACUCAAUGACUGAGGAUUUCCUUAGCGCAGCCAGUCAUGCGUCAUGUGACGGGAGGUGUCAUCAUUCUGGGAGAAGUGCUAACUGUAGUUAAACAAAGGAUUCCUUAUAGAGUAGUUGAUAAGAUGGAACCGGAUGUUACAGGAUUUCAAAAUGUCCUCACUGUCUUCAUGGACACUCAUUCUUACCAUUGGGCAAAACAUAUAAUAAUAUUUACUUUGACUUUACCCUUUAUACAAUAUCUCACAUCAAUACGUUUUUAUGAUCUGAAGUGGGGGAAUGUCACUUUUUUAUCAAACAAGGUCUUCUGUUUUCACUCACAUAAUUAACUAUUUGUACUAAAGGGUCAGUUCACCUAAAUUGCAAAAAAAAAAAUCACUUGUGGUUGUAUCUAGCUAUAAUGAUAGUUUUGGUUUGGCUGUGCUAGCUGUUUUCUUUGGAACUACUUUCUACCAAAAAAAUAGUCCCUGUGAAACUGUUUACACUGUUCUGUGUUAAUUCAAGAGUUUCUGGAGUGACACGUUGCUGUUUUUAAAUUACAUUUUUCAGUGCUGAGCAUUACUUACAAAAUCAAAUUCACCUCUGUUGUAUUGGGGUAGCAGCAAAAAUCUCAGAGAUGGAUAUCACAAAGCCAGGCCAACAAAAAACAAAACUAUCUGCAUUGGCUAAAUACCAAUAAGUGAGAAAAUAUAGAUUUAAAAAUGUUUUUUGGGUGAACUACCUGUUCUGAAAUUGGAGUGACACAGGAAGCACAAACCAAAGCUAUGUUUAGUAACUUGACUAAAAUGAGUGAUUGUUUAAAUAUGAUUAGAAGGGGAAAGUAAACAAAAUAUCAUAGAAUGAUCCUUUAACUCAGUGGGAGUGCUGAUGGUGCCAGUCUUAUUUUUAUGUGAUCUGUUCAAUCCGAGGUCCCUUUAUAUGUGUCUUUUCUAGUCCAAAGUUGCUGGAAGUUGGUUGGUUUUUGCAGGUACUGGUCACAGUACACACCAACUCUAUUUUCCUUGGACCUUUCUACAAACUUGCACAGUAAAGGGACUGUGUACAACAAGGCUCACAUGAUUAUUUUGUUUUGUUGUCAAUGUUUUGAUCAAGAUCAGUUAAUAAAUGUCACAUGGUUUA